GUCGUUUCACCUCGUGAACAAUGUGUGUAUGUGCCAUUAGUCCUCAGGCCAAAUUGGACUUGAAUGACAGUUGGCUGGCGCGUCAGGAGCUUUGAGGAACUCACGCCAAUCCAGCUUGAAUGUUUAACUCUUUUUUUCUUUCUUUUUUUUUCUUUCCACAAAGGAACAUUACUGACUAUUAGUCAUGCAAAAGUGGAACCAUUUGCUUUUCACAUGACAGAAAAAGUAGUUGCCAGGAUCACAUUCUGGUGCAGGUCCCUUAUGUGCACACUUUGACUACACACACACACACACACACACACACACUCACAAAGUCCAAGCCAGCUUCUUCAUGUGAAUUUCAUAAGGAUGAAAACUUUCGGAAGAAUAAAUUAAACCCCCAGAAUCAUGGCUCGCAUGGAAGAACGGAUUCCCCAACAGCGGCGUCAUUCUCGCGCAUGAACCGCUCAUGAGAUGCCGCAGAGCGCGCGCGCGUGAGUCAUCACCGUGCAGCUACUGAACGCUUGCGAUUUGCACACUACACACACACACACACGCGCGCGAGAAUACCGCAACAACGAAUAGAAAAAGGCACCGAGAAUGCCCUUUUAUGUACUUGUGAGUUGUCUGGCUGAGGUAACGCUCUCCUGCCAGCUGAGAGGAAGGAGACUUGUGGGUUUGUUGUUUUUUUUUUUAAAGCCAGCCAUCACAGAGGAGAGUAAAAGGGCAGCGGGGUGGAGGGCGAUGACAGCUCACCAUGUUCUGUUGCGCGCUGAGGAAGUGGCCAAGCGCACAGCCACAACCCGGAGAGUGCAAUAGGAUUUGGGAGAUUACAGACAGAAGCAUCGAGUCUAAACCUUAAUAUCACACACACUCUGACAAAAAGCAGUGUACAGAGUGUAGAAAUAAUCCACUUACGUACUCUCACAGAACAGCAAAGAACAAUAUGUCUUACAUCUAAUGAAUGGAAUUCAUCGGCAGAGCACACACACACACACACACAUCAACACUUAAACAUUUUCAUGUAACUUUUCUUCUUUCUGUCUUGUUUGGAAGCUGAUGAUGUAUCUAACUUCUUUCUUUCUUUCUGAACAGUUGGGGUGUUUUCAUUUUCCUUUUUUGUUUCUCUCUUUCUCUGUAGAGGGAGUCUCUUCUAAUCUUGUCUUGUCUCAUCUCGUCUCUUCUCAUCUCCUCUCUUCUCUUCUUGUUCAGGAAAGGGAGUGUCAAUUGUUUCUUUCUUUCUUAAACUGGGCUGCCUUGGUUUUUUCUGUUUGUUUCCCUUUUCUGUCUUUCUUUCUUUUUUCAGUCUCAGGAGUAAGAUUGUCUCUCUCUCUUUCUUAAUGUUGUCUUUCUCUCUUUCAAUUUUUCUUCAUUGCUGCUUUCUUUCUUCUGUCUUAGGAGUGGGAAUGUCUUAAUUCUUUCUUUCUUUCAUUCUUUCUUUCGUUCUUUCUUUCUUCCUCUCUUAGAAGUGGGUUGUCUUCAUUUUUUUCUUUCUCUGGAAAGCGAGUCUCUUCUCUUCUUUUUCAAGAAAGCGAGUAUCGACUCUUUCCUUACAUUUUUCUUCAAUGUUUAUAUAUAUAUAUGUAUAUAUAUAUCUUUCAUUCUGUCAGGAGUGGGAAUGUCUAAAUUCUUCUUUUUUGCUUUCUUUAUUUCUUUCUUACUUUAAAUUUUCCUUCUUUGUUUCUUUCUUUGUUCCUGUGUUAGGAGUAGAAAUGUCAAUUCUUUUUUACUUUCUUUCUUACUUCCUUUUUCAUGUGUCGAGGUAUCAAUUCUUUCUCUUUUUUUUCUUUAUUUCUUUUUUUCUAACCUGUAUAUCUGUUUAUGAUUAAAUUCGGCUUGUUUGGCAUUUCUACAAUAAAAAUUGACAUCUAGAUGUAGCUAUUUUAAAAAAAUCAUCCAUGGGUUCUUUAAGGCUUCUUUGGAUAGUUCUGAGCUUCCUAAAUGGGUUCUCUUGAUGGUUUGAUGGUCAAACUCCUAGUAAUGAUGCUGAGCUGCUCCUACACUGAUCUGCUCUCUCUCUCUCUCUCUCUCUCUCUCUCUCUCUCUCUCUCUCUCUCUAUCUAUCUCUGUCUCUCUCUCAAUCCUUCCAUCCACCAUGCCUACACUUUUCCACGCGUUUAUUCAGCUGUUCACAUUAUUUCUUCCACCCAUCUGUCUAUAUUUAUCUCUUCUUUUCACACUUUCUUCCAUCCCUUCCACACCUUUGUCUCCCUCUACCGAGUUCAGCACUCUGCUCUCCCUCCCCUCAUCCAUCCCUCCACUCCUCCACCCCUCCACCCCUACCCCUACCCCGCUUCCCCCGUUCUUUCCCGGCCUAAUCUAUUCCAGAAGCCUGGCUACCAUGGAGAACACAUAACAAGUGCACAUACUUCGCAACAGAGCCAAAAGCAAAAUAACAUAGAGAGGGGAAAAAUGGGAGUGGAGGGGGACAGACAGGGAGGAGGGAUAAAAAAAAGGAGAAAGUGUUUAUUCAAAGUCAACGUUGCCUCCUUUGUUGUGGUAGGGACCUGUCUUAUAUUAG